ACUGGCUAGUUGUUGUCACCGGUUAUCACGGAGUCGGCUGUGCAGGAGUGGCACUGCGGAGUUAUUUUAAAACAACAUUACUUUGGUACAACCAAUUUCUCUUGGUUUGUUUUAUUUAGUAAUAUUGCUUGUGGAUUUACAAAUUGUAAAGUGUACCAUUCAGGUAGCUAGCUUAAAAACUACAACGUUAGCAAGGUAACGUGAUGGCCGACAUCGACAAGCUCAACAUAGACAGUAUCAUUCAGCGGCUCCUGGAAGUGCGAGGCUCCAAGCCAGGGAAGAAUGUGCAGCUCCAGGAGAACGAGAUCCGUGGACUGUGUUUGAAGUCCCGUGAGAUCUUCCUGAGCCAGCCCAUCCUGCUGGAGCUGGAGGCCCCACUCAAGAUCUGUGGAGACAUCCACGGCCAGUACUACGACCUGUUGCGGCUCUUCGAGUACGGUGGCUACCCGCCCGAGAGCAACUACCUGUUCCUGGGCGACUACGUGGACCGAGGGAAGCAGUCGCUGGAGACCAUCUGCCUGCUGCUGGCCUACAAGAUCAAAUACCCCGAGAACUUCUUCCUGCUGCGCGGCAACCACGAGUGUGCCUCCAUCAACCGCAUCUACGGCUUCUACGACGAGUGCAAAAGACGCUACAACAUCAAGCUCUGGAAGACCUUCACUGACUGCUUCAACUGUCUCCCCAUCGCCGCCAUUGUGGAUGAGAAGAUCUUUUGCUGUCAUGGGGGACUGUCCCCCGACCUGCAGUCCAUGGAGCAGAUCCGGCGCAUCAUGCGACCCACCGACGUGCCCGACCAGGGCCUGCUGUGCGACCUGCUGUGGUCCGACCCGGACAAGGACGUGCUGGGCUGGGGCGAGAACGACCGCGGCGUCUCCUUCACCUUCGGCGCCGAAGUGGUGGCCAAGUUCCUGCACAAGCACGACCUGGACCUCAUCUGUCGAGCGCAUCAGGUGGUCGAGGACGGCUACGAGUUCUUUGCCAAGAGGCAGCUGGUCACGCUCUUCUCCGCACCCAACUACUGUGGAGAGUUCGACAACGCGGGAGCCAUGAUGAGUGUGGAUGAGACGCUCAUGUGCUCUUUUCAGAUCUUGAAACCAGCAGAGAAGAAAAAGCCCAACUCCAGCCGUCCAGUGACCCCGCCCAGGAACAUGGUGACCAAGCAGGCUAAGAAAUGAGGGGUCCCCCCCGCAGGCGUUGGGGGUCAUGACCCUAAAGUGUGGGCCAUGCUGGACUCUUCUCAUGUGGUCUUCAUCUGUCUGCUUGGAGCUCCACUUCCUCUCGGGUCUCUUCAGCGGUCGCUUGAACUCACUCGAACUGUCGACUGCCUUUUAUUUUUUUUUCCCCCUCUGAUUUUUAUGGUUUUUAUUUUGUUUGUCUGAUUUUAUUUUUUUAUUUUUUGUGUCUUCAUUCCGUCCCCCUUUUUUUGCAGCGACCCAAGAAAUACCACACUGCUCCACCGAAGGGGGGGGGGGGCACAUUGUAUAGUUUCCUUGAUUUUUGUUUUUAAUGUUAUUGGUUCAUUUGCAUUUUGGAAAAAUCUUCAGAGACUCCAAUGGCUUUUUCUAACCUUGAAUACUUCAGGAUCGAGCAUUUCAGUCUCCAGCACCAUUUCACACACACACACACACAUACACACGCACACACGCACACACGCACACAAACACACUUACACGCUUGCUUGCAGCAGGAUGGCAGGAACCACGCUUUCAAGCGCUCCCCUCUGUGGCUGGGAAGACGUCACACACCGCCCACAGGACUUUUGCACACUCCAGAGCGCCAGCCGCCAGAUGAGAGGAAGGGGAAAAAGAAAUAAAAAACACAAAACAAGAACCAAAAAAAAAACCUACGCAAAAUGACCCAUACUUCUAUUGCUCCCAGAUGUAGUCAUUCAAGCCACUGUGAUCAAACCAUACUCCGUUUAUUCACUCUACAAUGAAGCUGAGCAGAAUAGCUUUUCUGAAGCGCAAAAGGCUGGCUGUUUGUUUUUCCUCCUGUAGAUUUUUAGGCCGUCUUUCAUUGUUUUUGUUCCAGUUAUAUAUUAUUUGUUUUGUCUGGUGUUCGUGCCAUGAGAUUUGGGCUACCAUCUGCUCUAGUAAAACUAUAUUUUUUUUGAACGUCGUUGGCUUGUUUUGUAUUUUAUUUUUCUUCUCAAUUGUUGGCGCCAUCAUUUGGCAGAGCGCUUUGUGUUUUUAAGAACCCCCCUCACCCUCCUCACCAUGUUUUUGGUUGUAGCACUCUUUGUAUGGAUGUCUGCUCCCUCUUUUGAUUUUUAUAAUCCGUCUAAAAGGUGGGGUGGCUUUGAAGGACAGCUGAGACUCUGAUCAGGUUGGAAACACACUUGUGUGCCCAGUGCUGUAGAUCUUAAGUACUGUUUUCAUUUGUAUCUUACGAUAACAUGAUGCCUUGUUUCUUCUACAACUCCUCAUAUUUCUUUCGGACACGCAGACGAGGCAUUUCAUGCUUCCAGAAGUGUUUUGCAUCCUGUUCGGGCAAGAGGAUGACGUCUCGAUGAGGACUUCUUUUAUGUUGCAUGCAUUCUAGUCUAGAAAUGUUAGGACUUUAGGCACACUGCCUUCACUCUCUCUCGCUCUCUCGAUUUCUCUCUCUCUCUUCUGGCAUGCGUGUUUCAGCAUGUCCACCAUGAUGUAGCUGUCCAUCAGGUAAUUUAACUUUUAAAAAUCCAAACUCAAGAUUUAUUUUGUUUUUUUUUCCCCCUUUUUCUUUUCAUCACCCCAAACCUUGCUGUACAACUCAAGACAAAAACAAACAAACAACGGUUUUGUUCAGUGUUGGCAAUAAAACUCAGAUUUCCACAUAUAAA